ACUCCUCCACGGCACGGCGGCGCACGGCCUCACCCGACUCGUCGUCUUGCCCUCCUCCUUCCCGCCGUCGUGGAGAAGAGCUCCCCGCGGCUGGCGCCCGCCGCUUCCGGACGGUUCGGCCCCUCAGCUUCGCCCUGAGUUCGCCUCGGGUUCGGAGGGAGCAGGGCCGGCUGUCGCGAUGUUCUCCAGGAUCUCCCGGCUCGGGGCGCGGCUCCUGCGCGAGGCUAGGGCCGAGACGAGAGCUGGAAACUUGCUUAGCAGUCGAGGCAGUUUAUAUCAAGGUCAUGUCAGCCAGCAUUCAACCCCUUUGGUUACUCCUACAGUGAAAUCAAUGAGUAAUGUCCUCUUUUCAACUGCAACAAGUGGUGAUCAGGAUGAAAGCAAUCAGGAAAAGCAAGUAAUCUCUGUGACAUUUGUCAACAAGGAUGGCUCAGAAAAGACAAUCCGUGUGCCAGUUGGAAUGUCCAUGUUAGAAGCUGCUCAUGAAAAUGACAUAGAGCUUGAAGGUGCAUGUGAAGGCUCACUGGCUUGUUCUACUUGUCAUGUAAUAGUUAUGGAUGUAAAUCAUUAUAACAAGUUAGAAGACCCAACAGAUGAAGAAAAUGAUAUGCUUGACCUUGCAUUUGGGCUCACAGAAACAUCACGUCUUGGCUGCCAAGUGAUUGCAAGGCCUGAGCUUGAUGGCAUGCGGCUGGCACUACCUGCAGCCACAAGGAACUUUGCGGUAGACGGCUAUGUACCGAAACCACACUGAAGAGACUGCCGUCACCUACGGGGACACGGAUUCUUACAGCAGAGUCAAUUUUGUAGCCUACAAUCUGUAACUUAACUGUAGCUUCGCUAUUUGUAGUCCGGGUGGCAUCGGACUUUGUUGUUGAGCCAGGAUUUGUUCCUUGACAAGCUCCUGGGUUACUUGCAGAGACCCAGUGUUGUCUGGUCGAAAAAACAUCUCUGUUCUGUAUGAGUAUACUCAGAAACGUUUGCAUCAUAUUUCCUUCCCAAAUCCCAAUA